CCACAAUCAGUCAAAUACGGGUGUUACCAUAAUUCGUAUGUAUGGAAAGUUUUUUCCUUUACGAAGUCUUGUAGCAGUUCUUCCCGAGCUCCUCCUUCAUUUUUGAUCGACCGCACGACACAAACAGUACAGGUUUUGAAACGCCAGUAUUUGGUUCGGUUUUUUAUUGCUACUCUUGGUCUUGCCAAGUGCAAGUACUUGUAUAGGCUUUGUGUAUAAUAUAAUCGCGUAAAAAGAACAAGAGAAUUUACAACGCAGGAGCACGGGCAGCUCAUCUUCCUUGUUGUAUCACUUACUUCACCAUGGCGAACCACACUAGUAUGGCCAGCCUCUUGAGCACUACAUCUACACACAGCUGGCGCAGCUGCGCUUCUGCGAUUCUCCUGCUUAGCGUUUUUUCGGACCCCGCCACCAUUUUCGGAAACGCUAUGUUCGCGAAGAACAGGAACAACUUGAGGCCGAGACAGGAAACAACUCCAACUUUUGCGUCGCCUGGUACAGCAGUUCUAUCUGCACUCUCGUCGUCCCGCUCCAGCGCUGACGACCUUCAGAGUGGGCGGGGUGGUCGUGGUAUUCGGCUUACACCACAUCCCGUGCUACCAGUGAACCACGUUGCCGAUCAACCUGGGGAGUUCCUCCGACAGCUUGUUCGGUUGAGUCGCGCCCAUCACCAGGGAAAUCCGCUCCCCGAGAUCAACACAAGAAGAGACGCGAUGGCCUUCACUGCGCUGAACGAGGGGAUUAGAUUGAAACCCUACCAGGACCACCUUGGCUACUGGACCGUCGGGGUCGGCCACAAGCUGGGUGGCCCGGAGGAACUGGACGCGAAAACUAAGCUGCCGAAGCGAGGAACGAGUGCUUAUUCCGAGGCGGAAAUCGAAGCGCUUUUUUUUCGAGACUACGAGGAGCAUGCGAGAACUGCUGCGAAAAACGUGCCAAUAUUCGCUUAUCUCAAUGAAGCAGGCCAGGCCGCGCUGGUCGACUUGUACUUUAACAUGGGCGCGGGAACGAUGGCGAAAUUUAGGCAGUUUCACGCGGCGCUGAGAGAAGUGCUCGAACUGAAUGACGAGAAAGGCGAUAGAGCCGUUGAAAUCGCGACAAAUGCACUUUUGUACAGAGAUGCGUUUUAUCCGGAAAAGGGUCCAUCCGGAUACGCGGCGCAGCAUCAGCAGCAGGAGAAGAACGGGCAACUAUCACGGCCGAAAAAAGUUGCGAAGAUGCUGCGCGACUCACUAGAGAAAUUUCGCGAAACAAACAAGAAAUCAGUGCGCGGCUGACGACGCAAGGUAAAGGUAAAGGUAGGUACAAGAGAAUUACUCGAGGCUAAGUGGUGUACUAAUUUUUUUAUUUGGUGCUUGUUAUUAAUUUUGCUGAAACACGCACGCAGCUGUUUUUUCUUGAAUCGCAUUCCUUACCCCGUCGAAUUCACAAAUUUGUUGUAAAGAAAAAGAGGACACCGUAACGCUGCUGCAGUAUGUAGAAUUUUUGUACCACAGCGACCGACGUGUACGUGACACUGACACUAAGAAAAAGAAAAAGCUUCAGCUUGUGGCGAGCAAAGGCCCCCAACCACAGUGACACACCAUGCGAUGUUGAUAUUUCGAAAAACCUUUCACUAGUGUUGACUUUCUUCUAUAAAGGGAGCAGCUAAAAAAUUGUUCGACCGCGCACCAGGGCGGCAAAGGAAACAUGAUCAGAC